AUGACUCUGAACAUAGCUUCUUCAUCUUCGCUGUCUCGCUUUUCUCCUCCAAUCUUCACAAAACUGCCCGAACAUUCUCCAAACAACAGCAGCAGCAACAGCAACGUUACUCUUUUGUCUCUCCUUUUACGCACCAAUUCCCUCUCUUCUCUCAAAACUAACAAACCUUUCAAACCCAGAGCUUCAUUUAAAAACACCCAAUCAAACGGCGUCCUUGAAGAGGAGGAAACCUCCGUUUUAAACGAGGAGCUACUGAGCAGAGUCUCGGCUACUAAAGAUGCGGACGAAGCAAUGGAAAUGAUCGCUCAGAGUCAGAGUGAAAGCAGUGAACAACGAUAUGGCGGCGUUGUGAGUGGCUCUGAUUGUCGUUUGAUAAUAAACGCUGCGCUUGAUCGUAACAAUGCUGACUUGGCUUUGUCUGUUUUCUACGCCAUGCGUUCCAGUUUCGACACAGGCGUAAGUGAGAAUGGGCCAUUUGUUGAUAGAUGGAAAUGGUCAAGACCCGAUGUCAGUAUCUACACUGCAUUAGUUCAGGGCUUGGCAGUAUCGUUAAGGGUCUCUGAUGCUCUUAGAAUGAUCGAUGAUAUUUGCCGAAUAGGAGUUUCUCCUGGUGAGGAGGUUCCUUUUGGAAAGGUUGUAAGAUGUCCCAUUUGUACCAUAGCUGUUGGUGUUGCUCAACCACAACUUGGAAUUCAGAUUGUAUGUUGUGCCAAAUGCCGAUACAAGUAUGAGCUUGUUUCUGGCAACAUAGUUAGUGUUGACUCAGAGGAAAUCAGCAUGGAGAUUCCAGCAUGGAAAAGGGGGCUAAAAUCUCUGCAGAUACUGAAGCAAAGCAUUCCUGCUGCUGUUCACUCUAUUGUGGUACAAACUCCUUCUGGUGUCGCCCGUACGCACAGGUUUGCAACUGAAACAGUUGAUCUCCCAGCACAAGAAGGAGAAAGGGUAACCAUUGCUUGUGCUGCUCCUUCAAAUGUUUAUAGAGAAGUUGGACCCUUCAAGUUUAGUCCAAAGGCCCCUAACCUCUACCCUGGAGAACCAAUGUGCCUGACAAACCACAAAGAUGGCCGGGAAUCACAAUUAUUAAGAGCCCCUGCAAAAGAUAGAAACUUGUCCUUACUUAAUCCUGCCUUUCUCAUUCCAAUUCUCUCUGUUCUGGCUGCUGGAGAUGCUGCCUCAGGAAUAAUAGACCCAAGCUUGCCACAAUUGCUUUCAGUUGCUGCUGUAGGAUCACUUGCUGUUGGAGCAACUUUAAAUGCUGUGAUUUUUCCCCAAUUGAAUCUGCUUCCUCAAAGAUCCGUGGAAACAACUGCUAUCAAGCAGCAACUUUUAUCACAGUACGACAUACUGCAGUCUCGCAUCAGGGACCUAAAAGGAGCUGCUGAAAAAGAGGUUUGGAUGUUGGCUCGCAUGUGCCAAUUGGAGAACAAAAUUUUUGCUGUAGGAGAACCUUCUUAUCGUGCCCGGAGAAGUAGAAUCAAACGGGUGCGAGAAGGCUUGGAGAAUUCUCUAAGGGGAAGGAUUGAACUCAUUGAUAGUUAUGCAAGAAUCUCUUCAAUGAUUGAAAUUGAGGUAGAAAUGGACUCUGAUGUUCUAGCCGCUGAAGCAGCAAGCAAUGCAGAAACUAUCGCUGAACAGAUACAACAAAUGAUGGAGCUGGAGGGUCUUGAGGAGAAAUGGAAACUCCAAGCUGAAGCAAAUGAUGAGGCAGAAAAAUUACUUAGUUCCCAAUCCAUACCAACCGAACAGAUUUAGAUAUCUAGUUAGUAAUCAUUUGAUUCAAGUAACACUCAGUUAGCAUGGUUAAGCAUCAAUCUGGUGGCAGCAUCAUUUUCUUUUUGCCCAAGGACAUUCCUCUUCGGUUGGAUCACUCGAAAAUCGGGCCAUCGAUGUUGGAGAUCAAGUGUCUGACAAUGAUCCAUAUAACUUCCGAAGCAUUUCAAUCUAUAUGCUGGAUCGGAUGUAGGAGAAGGUGAACAACGGAACCUUGGCACUUGGCUACCUGCCUUAGUCACAGCAAAACGCCAUUCCAACAACUUGCUGGAUAGCUUGGUUCCGACCGCAGAUUCUUGUAUAUGUAAUUGAUCCUGGCAGGGCACUUGUAAAUUUUGCAGCUAAUUUGUGUAUUCUAAAACCGAAAAAGCAUCAAAUCAUAAUAAUUUCUUCUAUAAUUGAAAAUUGGGGUUGAAAAAGUUAUGUAUCUUCUCUUAUCUUUUUCA